CCCCUCUAUAUAAACAACCCAUAUCACGUGAUCCAUAUGCACCUCCGACCCCUGCCGUAGAUAAGCGCAAUCUGCGUUAUCGGAUCGGUCCAGGGUCCAAUCUGGCAAAUAUUUCGAAAACCGAAAGCUUCAGAGUCACCAAUUUGUGUAAUCGCACACAAUUGACCCGUAUAAUUCCCUGAAACAAAGGCACUGAAAGUUGUGCUGUCAGGAUCGUAUACUUGGGAGACUCGAUUGACCGGAAUCGCGAAAGAAGGGGCGUUUAGCGGUGUGCGCGACUAGCGGUGCAGGGACGGCGAAUCACAAGAGGCCUUUUAUAAAGAUUUUAUCGAAAGAAACGAUUCAAGAUGUCGGCAGCGCUCCCGGGGAACAGGGCACUCCCCGCCUCGCAAUAUGAUCUCGCCACCUACUGGGGCCGCGUGAAGCACGCCGCCGAGAUUUCAGAUCCCAGGAUGUUGUUGAUAUCGAAAAAGGGAUUGGAAGACUCGAAGGAGUUGAUUGCGAAUUAUAAGUUGGGCAAGAUUGCGAAGAUGUCCCCGGAGCUGUGGCAUGCGAAGAAAGUGGUUGAUGCGACUAUACAUCCUGAUACGGGUGAAGCAGUAAUGCUACCCUUCCGCAUGUCCUCCUUCGUUCUCUCCAACCUAGUCGUCACAGCCGGCAUGCUAACCCCCGGCCUCGGUACAGCCGGCACACUCCUCUGGCAAAUAACCAACCAAUCCCUCAACGUCGCCAUCAACAACGCCAAUGCCAACAAAUCCACCCCCCUCUCCACCUCCAAGAUAGUCCAAUCCUACCUCCUCGCCGUCGGCGCCUCCUGCUCCGUCGCCCUGGGUCUGAACGCUCUCGUGCCGCGCCUAAAACGCGUUUCUCCAGGUACCAAAAUGGUCCUAGGCCGCCUCGUCCCCUUCGCCGCCGUCGCGAGUGCGGGAGCACUAAACGUAUUCCUCAUGCGCGGCGAGGAAAUCAGGAUGGGCAUUGACGUCUACCCCGCCCUCUCCGCUGAGGACAAAGCCGCCGGAAAAUCCGAGUCCGACAUCCCCUCUCUCGGAAAAAGCAGGAAAGCAGCAACUAUCGCAGUGAGCGAGACGGCCUUAUCGCGCGUCCUGAACAGCUCACCCGUGAUGGUUAUACCCGCCCUAGCGCUGGUGAGGUUGCAGAAGAUGAACUGGUUGAAAAACAGCCCGAGGUUGGUGUUGCCGGUGAAUUUGGGGCUGAUUUUGACGACGAGUUUGGCGGCGUUGCCGUUUGCGUUGGGGGCGUUUCCGCAGAGGGAGAUGGUGAGAGAUGGGAGUUUGGAGGAGGAGUUUCAUGGGAAGGGGGGGCGGGGGGGAUGGUGGUGUUUAAUCGGGGGAUUUAGGGGGGUGUUUGCUCCUAGGUGGGCUGGCCGUUAGGGGUGGGAUAGGAGAGGGGGAAGAUUGUAGAUCAUGCAUUGGGAGUCUGCUCGGGGGUGGAGCGAGAUCACAUUUUAGAUCUGGGAGAAAUAGAUCAUGCCUUGGAAAGAACAUGGAAGAAAACUAAGAUCACAUCGACAUCUAGAGAAUAUAGAUCACACUUCACAAGUGAGAAGGGGCCGAAGUGGAACCACCCAGAUCAUGUGCCUCCUCCCCCCAUCACGUGGCAACGUGAUAGAACCAAUUCCCAACAUAAGGGUCCAAAUUCGCCACAACUCCGGUCCAUGUAUCGGUCUGCUGGCCCAGCGAUCUCUGAACAGACACGGCAACGAGCGAACAAAUCGGUUUUUUGGAAACUUGAGGCGACUCCGAUAUCGAUUUGUUCGCAUCAAGAUGCCGCGAUGCGAUCUGGCCCCGCCGGGGUGGUGGUGGCGAGUAGUAAGCCACCCAACCCAGGACUUCUUGGCUGGGAUGUACUCGGUACAGUUGAAUGAUGUAUACACCGCCGCUGUUAUGCCAUCACUUGUGGUUUUGCGUACGGGCUAAGUUAACGCUGUUUCGCAGGCUCAGUUGACGUGACUGCUACCCCGCUACGGCUACGGGCGAUGGGAUACUAAGUUACGAGAUGGACGGAAGGCUGUGGCCUGGCUGGCUGUGGCCUGGCUGGCUGUGGCCUGGCUGGCU